UUUUUCUCUCCUUCCUUUGAGCACAAAAUGCAAGUGACGGACGACGGCGGCGAUCGUUCAGCCAACGACGACCAUGGCGGCAAUGCAACUCCAGCCAAAUCCAGCUCCAAUGCAACUCCAGCGAAUUCGUCGUUUUCUUCCUCUUCUUCUUCCUCUUUCUCUUCGUCCGCUGCCACCGCUGCAGCUGAUCGCAAACCUGCCAAACACGAUGCCGACGACGACGACGACGAUGACGAUGACUGCUCGAUGCUGGCGGCGGCGCGGCGGCACACGCGGCAGCAGCUCAAGGCUGAUCAGAACGCGCUCGGCUCGUCGUGCCCGUACCUCGACACGGUCGAUCGCUCGCAGCUCGAUUUCGACUUUGAGAAGGUCUGCUCAGUGUCCCUGAGCGAUUUCAACAUUUACGCCUGUCUGAUCUGCGGCAAGUACUUUCAAGGUCGCGGAGUGCAGUCGCAUGCGCAUACGCACAGUUUGGAAUCGGAUCAUCGCGUUUACAUCAACCUGUCAACUCUCAAGGUGUACUGUUUGCCUGACAACUACGAAGUCAUCGAUCCAUCACUCAACGACAUUCGUGCUGUCAUUCGGCCGACGUUCACUCCUGCAGCGAUUCAGCAGCUCGAUACAGUCUCUCGCCAGUCGGUCGGCCUUGACGGUGUGCUGUAUUUGCCAGGCGUGGUCGGUUUGAAUAACAUCAUCCACAACGACUACAUGAACGUUAUCAUCCAGAUGCUCAACCGCAUCCAGCCUCUGCGCGAUUUCUUGUUAAGCUCGCAAGCCGACGAAGCCUGCAAAACGCCUUUGACCUCUGCCGCUUCAGAGCUUUUCCGCAAGAUCUGGAAUCCGCGAAACUUCAAAGGGCAUGUCAGUCCGCACGUUAUGCUUCAGUCCAUUGCUUCCGCCAGUUCCAAACGCUUCACUCUGGCGCAGCAAGCAGACCCUUCAGACCUUCUGUCGUGGCUGCUCAACACAUUCCAUACCGAUCUCGGAGGAACUCGUCGCAGUGGUUCCAGUAUCAUUCAUAAAAUCUUCCAAGGAUCUAUGAAAAUGAUUUCUCGGAAAAUGCCUGCCGUGGUUGAUGAAGAAGAAGCAUCAGAGGAACCAGCCGUUCACGCCGCAAAGCGCGCUCGUUUGGAAGAAGAUGUCGCUGAGGACGAAUAUGAAGACAAAGUUUCGGAAUCGCCAUUCAUGUUUCUGUCGCUUGACCUGCCACCGGCACCCCUGUUCAAGGACGAGACUGGCAAAAACUUCAUUCCUCAGGUGCCGAUUACCACGCUGCUCGACAAGUUCGAUGGCGUGACCGAAAAGGAGUACAAAACUGGCCGAGACCUUUUCAUGAAGCGCUUCAUUUUGACCUCCCUUCCGCAGUAUCUGAUCUUGGUGGUUCGUCGAUUUACCAAGAACAACUUCUUCCUCGAGAAGAACGCAACCAUUGUCAACUUCCCUCUGCGCGGUUUAGACAUGCGUGAUUAUGUGGAGAAUGCAGCUGCCGUUGGCAGCACGACAUACGACCUCGUUGCCAACAUUUACCAUGAUGGGUCGCUUGAAGCAGGCCAGGGGACGUAUCACGCACAUGUGCUCCACAAGGCGACCAAGUCAUGGUACUUGAUGCAAGACUUGCACGUCAACCAGAUCCUGCCUCAGCUGAUCGUCUUGGCGGAGGCGUACAUUCUCGUGUACGAGCGCCGCAAUACUGCGACCAGCUCUUCGAACAUGCAGGCGUGAUGAGAUGUCUCGCAAACACGCUUGUAUUCGCUUUCAACACUGAUCUAUCAACACACUAACUAAAGCCAGAUUCAAACUCAGCAGGAGGGUGGGUGGCAGAAAUAAUAAACAGGAAAUACAACAUUUGAAAGAAG